GCGUAGCGAACAUCGCUAUCAUUGGGCAACGGAUCAUUACAGGAAGCCGCAGUCGUACCGCCUGUGCGUAGUGAAGCGAGAGAGAGGGGGAGAGAGAGAGAGAGAGAGAGAGAGAGUGAAGGAGGGAAGGACACCUUCACCGACUUGGUAGCGGAAGAGGGUUGGCAUCCAUCGCCAUCUGCGGUCUUCCGUGCCGGAGUUCUCUGGGGAAGAGCGGUAGGACCAGCGAGACCGCCAUCGACGCGCGAGGACAGGACGAUGGCGCGCUCCGCAUGCGCCGCCGUGGCUAUGGCGGCCUUGUUGUUACUGAUUGCAGCUGCUGCACCUGCACGUGCGCAACCGUCGUCUGUCACCGUUAAUUGGGUCACAUAUGGCGGGAACGGGUGCAGCUAUAGCAACACCCAGUACGUCUUAUCUCCGGACUGGAAGACACUCACGUUUCUCUUCGGCGGGAUGGUGGCGACGACCGACGAAGGGCUUGCGAACAAGAGGAAGGCGUGCCAAAUGUCCAUAUCCUUGAAUUAUCCUGACGGGUGGAGCUGCACGCUGGGACAAGUCACCGGCCGCGGCUUCGCUGACAUAGCCAAGGAUUCCAAGGGGAUUUACGAGACGCACUUCUACUUCUCCGGGCAAACUGGGACUCCGUCUGUCACCCGCAAGCUGAAGGGCGAGCUCGUGGCGAACUUCGAGCACACAGACUCCUUCUCGACGCAAGUUUGGAGCCAGUGCAACAACGUUCCCAACCUCAACAUCAAGGUGGUGGUCAGAGUGGAGGGCAAGAAAGCUGUCAUCGCGCUGGAUUCGGCGGACACCAACUUCGAGCUCAUUUACUAUCUGAACUGGAAGGAGUGCUGAGUGACGAGAUCAGCAGCUUCCCGCCGAUGGGGAUAGACCGGCUGUUUGUCGAUGAUUGUAGUCAAACGAAUUGAAAGCGCCAUUGCAGGUUGGGUUGGGUUGGGUUGGGUUGGGUUGGGUUGGGUUGGGUUGGUUUGGGUUGCAUAUUUUUCUGUAGAUAGGGAAGGGAAGGGAGAGAUUUGACGUUGUCGAGGCGGCGAUGUGCAUGGUCGUCGCCUACGGAAUUUCUUGGUCGGGGCGGUCGACGGCGGCGCCUACUAGCGGUGGGAAUCGCCCCUGUCAUGCUUAUUCAUGGGCAUGCGUACUCCGGACGCUGAGCGUGGUAACCAAUCUCGUAGGCUCAGAAUAAGGUUGACGCUAUGGCUCGUGGUAACGAUGUUGGCAAUCUGAUCUUCGGUAGUACUAGGUGACCUUCUGUUACUGGCAAUCAUGCUUAUUUAAAGCGCAUGCCAUUAUUUAUCCUAGAAUUGCCGAACAAUUGGUGCAACCGCGUGAUCUUCCCUCCCCCAUCCCCUCCCCCCCCUUCUCUCUCUCUCUCUCUCCCUCUCUCUCUCUCUCUCACACACACAUACACACACACACACACACACACACACACACACACACACACACAUAUUACAGUGACACACCCCGAGCAAUGAUGAGUCGGUGAAAGUCCGACGAAAGUCUGGCAGAGUCGUACUUUUUCUGAGUGUAUACCAAAUAUGCGACACACAGAGCAAUGUCGGUUGUUUUGCAUGUUCUUUGUCUGAGUACCUCCGUCGCACGGGCACACACACGCACACGCGCGCGCACGCGCAGUCGCACACACACACGUACGCACACACGCACACGCGUACAGAGCGAUGUCGGCUCAUUUGCAUGUUCUUCGUCUGACUACCUCCCUGGGCUAUGUGGGGAGGGCGCAGUUUACGAGAGCUUAAAAACCAUCGCUCUGUUUUGGUGUCUCGGUUGUGGCUUGUUGAUUAUUGUCAUGUGACAUCGUGGAUGUGCCUUCGGUUGCGUGCUAAAGCGACACAUUUACAAAAGCCGUCGUGUGGGAUGUUUGGCUACUUUUCCAGACUGGAGAUUGAGUCUGCUUCUUGGGUAUCUCACUCUCCCUCCUUGCAUGCAUUAGACAGCGUCAUAUGAUCUUCCUCCGAAUAGAACGUAGGCUCAUUGAUGCUGUAUUUGGCUCAACUUUCAGUCUAAAUACAGCGAUGAGGACCGUACGUUCGAUUGCGGAGAACACGGUAAUCAACCAACGAUUCAAGC